AUGUCUACUACCACACUUUGGGAGGAUGCCGUAUCAUCGACUGAUGUCGGUAGAUCCGGCUUGGAGACUACGACUAGAAAAAAUGACGAAGAGAGAAGCUCCUACACAGAGAGAGCUGACAAGAAGAGACAGCGAGAGGACGGAUCGAGCACUUCCGUCCGAGAACAAGAACCAGCAAACAAGAAGCGGGUCAUCGCCAAGCCACAGGUCCAACAGAAGAACGGACGUCCGCUGGCCAAGGAACACAUCCCGCUCCAAAGAAAGCUGAUCAAGACUACGGACAAGAUGGUGAGGUAUGAAAUGCACCGAGAAACACUUCUCAAAUACCUCGAGGAAGAUCUUGUACCGAUGGGGCUGAAGAUCGAGAAGACAGCCGUCAUUGGCACCACCAGCCCUGAGUUCCAACGCCGAUGGAACGAAACACUGCAUGAGACCUCGAAGACUCUGAUGACACUCAUCAUUGAGUUCUACGGCUCUGCAGAAGCCGACCUGGACAACAACAUCGCCAGCCUCAACAGGGAAGUUGAAAAACUCCCGCAAGAUGCACAAGACAUCCUGGAAAAGAACGUGGAAACGUUCAAGGACAACAGACGAGCUGCGCUCACCAAGAAGAGAGACAAGAAACUACAGCGAGACAAGGAACUCGUCAACACUCGAGCUCAGGAUGCACCCAAGAAAAUGGGCCCAAAAAACGGAGACAACCCCCCACGAAGAGGGGGGGCCCCAGUCAAGACCCGCCAGCAGCAGAGGCAAGCCACGGAGAAGGACGCAAAGACCACCAAGCAAGCGUCCAAGAACUACCAACAGCCGCAGGGUCGGCGUCAGGUCCGUGGGAAACCUCCUCAGCCCAAGGCUCGGCGAGAAAACCCCAUCACAAGGCUCGCCGCCGCCAUAGAAGACUACAACCGACAAGAACUCAUACAAGACAUCCAUGCAUUCUUCAGACGCCUCCGCCUGAGAGAAUUCUUCGCCGACCAUGACAGAUCAGAGCCCACAAGAUUCAAAGAAAAAAGCAACUGGAACCCGCCCACACACAGAGACCCAGCCUUAGAGACGUUCAUCAUGGCAGUGGACCAAGAAAUUCUGGAACACCAAAAAACCACGUCAGAACCACACAAGAAGAACGUCUCAGAGCUAGAGCGCAAAGCUCUAGUGGAACUGAAACAGAUGACAAACCACCCCAGAACGCCCAACUUCUACCUCCUUCCAAAAAUCCACAAGGAAGGCAACCCUGGAAGACCGAUACUCUCGGCCAACGACUGUGCCACGGAAAGAAUUUCGGCGUUCGCAGACUUCCACCUCCGCCCCCUCGUAACAAGGCUACCUUCCUACAUCAGAGACACCACAGAUUUCCUGCGCAGACUCAACAAACUCGGGAAGGUACCACCAAAUGCCACCCUCGUCACCCUAGACGUCUCCUCCCUAUACACCAACAUACCCACAGAUGAAGGGAUACAAGCGUGUAGGGAGGCACUACAGAAGAACCCAGCUGACGUCCCCACGGAAGCCAUAUGCCAACUACUGGACAACAUACUAAACCUCAACAACUUCGACUUCAACGAGGAACAUUACAUCCAGAUCCAAGGCACGGCUAUGGGUACAAGAGUGGCCCCAUCCUACGCCAAUAUAUUCAUGGGGAACUUCGAAGAACGAUAUGUUUACAAAAGAACCCCAAGACCAUGGAUAUGGUGGAGGUACAUCGAUGACAUCUUCGCAGUCUGGACAAGAUCAGAGGAAGAAUUAAAGGCCUUCAUCCAAGACCUUAACGAAGCCCACAGGACAAUUAAGUUCACAGUGGAAACAUCCAAAACCUCGAUCAACUUCCUAGACGUCACCGUCAUCAUUUCGGAGGGGGAAAUUACAACAGACCUCUACACAAAACCGACAGAUAAGCACCAGUACCUACUCAGAAACUCUUCCCAUCCCAAACACUGCAAGCAGGGGAUUCCCUACGGUCAGUUCCUACGUCUAAGACGCAUCUGCUCAAGCACACCCAGAUUCAAGGAAAAGGCUGCAGAAUUCCGGCAACACUUCCAGCAAAGGGGCUAUGAAGAAGCCCUACUGGACGACGCCAUCACGCGUGCACAAGAACGCCCCCGCGAAGACACACUGAAGGAAAAGGGGCCGACACCACCACAAGAACGUACAGUCCUGGUCACCACAUAUAGUCCACACCUUCCGCCACUACAGACCAUCAUCAGAAAAUACUGGCACCUUCUGCAACUCUCCACAAGAACCAAGGACAUAUUCAAAGAUUCACCACUGUUUGCCUAUCGCCGCAACAAAAACAUAAAGGAUCUCCUAGUAAGAGCCCAGAUCCCGAAGGAGGACAAGAACUUCCUGAAAAAAUUCACUCCCUCGGGGUCCUUCCCGUGCGGAAGAAACAAGUGCUCCACUUGUACCCACAUCAAGAAGAUCAACUACUUCACAAGCCACCGCACGGGAGAGCGUCAUCUCAUCAGGAACCACAUCAAUUGCCAAAGCAGAAACAUCGUCUAUCUCAUCCAAUGCAAGAAAUGCGGGCUACAAUAUGUGGGCGAGACCAAACAAACGUUGGCCAAUAGACUGAACGGCCAUCGAUCAUCCAUCAACACGAAGAAGGACACUCCGGUAUCAGCCCACUUCAACCUCACAGAUCACAACACUGCAGACCUUGAAGUUCUUGGAAUCGAAAAACUACGCUACACAGGACAUGAAGACACCACAAGACAACGCCGCCUGCAACGGGAGUCCUACUGGAUUCAUCAACUCAGAACACUACAUCCAGAGGGCCUGAACCAGGAGUCCUUAGAGAUCACCAGGGUUUGA